GCAGGUCAUACUGAUGUUCCGUGAAGUACCCAAUGCAACCACUGCACUGCUGGACAUGCUGCUGCAUUGCUGCUACUGCAACGACACGUUCACCUUGUCCGUCAUGAUGAUGAUCCACGGUCAGGUGUCCUCGGCGCCCACCAAUGAGCUGAAGCACAUCUUGAUUCUCCUCCUGGAGCUGUUGAUGAUGGAGGACCCCCUGCAGGGCAAGCGCCUCAAGUUAGCUGUGGAAGGCAACAACAACAAUGGCCUCUUGGAGAUCAUCCGUAAAUGUACGUCCACGGACAGCCGUCGGUCCUACCAGUGCAUCAAAUUCCUGGUCCAUCUGUCCAACAAAUGCUCCAUGGCCAAAGAGUAUCUGAUGACCAUCUCGGUCCGGUGGCAGUGGGCGGUCAACUGGCUCAAGAAAAAGAUGAGUGAGCACUACUGGACGCCUCAGAAUGUCUCCAACGAAUCCAGCACGGGACGGUCCUUCCAACGCACCAUGAGCGCCCAGGACACGCUGGCCGAAGCCACCGCGCUGCUGGAUGAGCUCAACACCCGUGACGACGACGGUGAACACAUCGAGAACGACGAAGAGGAGGAGGAGUACGUCGAGGGGGACUCCAACACCAAGAUGGAGGUCAACGGGUCGUCAGAGGGGUCAGAGGUCAACGGGAAUGAAGACAGCUCAGAGUCUUCCAAGACGUUGGUUCAGGACGACGUGGGCGACUUGGACGACAUUGAUACAUAACGGCGUUUUUUUUUUCUGUUUCAGAAUUUGUAGCCAAUAGAAGAUGGUUCCUUACUCCCGGGGUCAUAAGUCAGAGGUCAUCACAGGUCAGGUCGUAGGAAACCAAGGGCCAGGUUGCAUUUUUUUUUUUUGCUGACACAUCGUAUUUUAACCAAUCACAUCACGCACCCUAACAUGAAUAUUUA